UGACAUUGGUACUAAAAUUUUGUUCUAAAUUUGCUCGAUUGGUGCUCGAACCGUCCAAAAGUAUGGAUGUGUGUGUGAUCACGCGUGUAGGAAGUGGCAAGUAUGAUUGUGUGCGUGUGAUCUUCUUGUAGCGAACGACGAUGGCAUCAUUUCCAGCUGUCAUUUAUUUGGCUUUGGUGUUUGACGAAAGAACAAAAUAAAUUUUGUGCUCUAUUGUUUUGUGAAAAUUUGUUGGAUUUUUUCAGUAAAAUGGCUACACAACCAGUGAAGAGGAGCAGAAAAGUUAUUUCUCGACGGAACAAAAAGCUUGCAGCUAUGUCGACGGAGUAUGAUCGGCAGAAUAUGUUGGGUGAUGAUGAUGCGGGAACAAGCGGAGUGGUGCACCGUAAUAUCGGUUUAACAUCCCAGUACGAUGACCACGCGCAAGCAGAAUACGAUGCAGAAGUGCUUAUGGGAACAUUGUCUCACAACAGCGAUACCGAUUACAUCAGUGAUCGUUCUUCUGAAAGCGAAACCGACGCUGUGGCUGAAGGGUCCACAACUGCUUACAACUGCAACAACCAUAGCGAUAUUGGUGAAUGUUUGCGAACUUGGGCAGUUGUGCAUAAUCAGCCACGCUCGUCGGUAAAUGAAAUUUGAGCUAUUUUGGGAAUAUGGACAGAUUUGGAAGAAGCAAGGAUUCUCGCACGCUAUUGAUAACGCCAAAAACCAUCGGGGAAGAGAUACAAUCGAUAGCGGGCGGCGAAUUUUGGUACAAAGGAGUAGAAAAUAAUCUCGUCAAUUAUU